AGUUUGCAGUUACAGUUGGUUUGUUUUCUUCCAGUCAACGUCAAAAUUGCAAUAGGAUUAACGUCGUUGCUUAGCCUAGCCCAUUUCCUAAACCUCACAGAAACAUAACCUUACUUGUAAAGAAAAAAACUAGUAAGGAUCUUUUGAUAAUGACAGCAGCUUUUAAGCCAGGAUCUGCAGUUGAACCCACACAGCUAAUAGACUUGGCCAUUUCUUGCAGAAAUCUUCCUGACUGUGAUGUUUUCUCUAAAUCUGAUCCAAUGUGUGUUAUCUACUUGAAGACUUUAGAGAGAGAUAAAUGGCAUGAGAUUUGCAGAACUGAGAUAAUAGAGAAUAAUUUGAAUCCUGAUUUUACUACAAAGGUUAGAAUAGUUUACCGCUUUGAGAUUCAGCAGAAUUUAAAGUUUGAAGUUUAUGAUGUGGAUUCAACUUCAACAGACCUUAGAGCUCAUGACUUUCUCGGAGAUUGUGAAACCACUGUAGGACAUUUGGUAUCAAACGUUCAUGUGAAACUGACUCUGAGAAACAGCUACAACCGUGGGCAAGUUUUAGUGACAGCCGAGGAGUGUGGGGUAAACAAGGAUGAGGUGACUCUGACCUUUCAUGGCAGGCAUCUGGACAGGAAGGAUUGGUUUGGAAGUUCAGAUCCUUUCCUGGAACUGUGGAAAGUGUUUGAGAAUGGCCACUACGGGAUAGUUCACCGCACAGAAGUGGUGAAGUGGAAUCUCAAUCCACGCUGGAAGUGUUUUACUCUGCCCAUACAUACCUUGUGUGGCAAUGACAUGGACCGGGACAUCCUCAUCAAGUGCUAUGAUUGGAACAGGAGUGGCAAUCACAGUUUUAUCGGAGAGUUCCAUGCGACAUUGAACAUGCUGAGCAAAGGUCCAGGUCCAGAAACUGUGUUCCAGUGUAUCAAUCCCAACAAAAAGCACAAACCAAACUAUGCAAACUCCGGGGAGAUUGUGCUGAUGGGAUAUUCUGUGCGGACAGUUUACUCCUUCCUGGACUACAUCAUGAGUGGGACUCAGAUCAACUGCUCUGUGGCCAUUGAUUUCACAGCUUCCAAUGGAGAUCCUACAUUGCCUGACUCACUUCACUUUAUCAGCAAUAACCCUAACUCAUAUGAGUUGGCUCUAAGUGCAGUUGUAGAAAUAAUACAGGAUUACCAUGCAACAAAGCAGUUUCCUGUGCUGGGUUUUGGAGCUAGAUUGCCUCCUAAUGGUAUGAUAUCUCAUGAGUUUUACGUCAAUCUACAUCCAACUGAUCCAUAUUGUUAUGGUGCUCAAGGAGUGGUGGAAGCUUAUAAGAACUGUAUCCGUCAAGUCCAGCUUUAUGGCCCAACCAAUUUCAGCCCGGUGAUCAACCAUGUGGCCCGGUUUGCUGCCACGUACACGGAUGGUUCCCAGUACUUCAUACUACUCAUUAUCACAGAUGGUGUCAUCACGGACAUGGAGCACACCAAGAGUGCGAUAGUGGCCGCAUCAGCACUACCAAUGAGCAUUAUCAUUGUUGGUGUGGGCCAGGCGGACUUCUCAGCCAUGGAGGAGCUUGAUGCAGAUACGGUUCCGCUGGUCAGUAGAGGCCGGAAGGCCGCCCGCGACAUUGUGCAGUUCGUGGAGUUCAGUCGUUUCCUGGGUCCACAUGGCCGAGGUCACGGAGCAGCUGCCAAGCUAGAACUGGCGAAGGAGGUCUUGGCAGAGAUACCGGACCAGUUAGUGGGUUACAUGAAGAGUCAAAACAUCACACCACUUUCUGCCAGAGCUCCACCGCUCGAAUAACACAUAAGCGAUGCAGCCCUCUUCUUUUACGGAGCUGCGUGAGACACUGGAAUAGAAUAAGUAUAUUGACCAUUGUAAAAGUUCUGUUUUUUACUGUAUUUUAUAACUGUAUUUAGUUUUGCAUUGUAAAUAUUUCUCCAAUGACAAAAUAUAACGAAGUAUAGUUACUACUGAAAAUCAAACUGAUUAGUUAAUGUAGACACAUGUUUGAUGAGCUAAUUCAGUAAUUUACUCAAUGGAAAUCUUGUUGAUAAAUUUUACACUUUUCAGUACAGGAAGAAAAAAUAAAUACAUUAUAUGAUAUAACUUAAGAGUCAGAAUAGUUCAGAUCUGAACUUGCUGCUAAAAUAUGUUCAAGUGAGUAUAUAAUGAAAACAAUCAUGAGAGACGAAUCAAGAACGUUCUCAUCUUUAAGGUUAUCGUGAAGUGAGCCUUGUAUUUCAAAAGUGAUUUACAAUGUAACUAAACUAAUGUAUUAACAGGUUUAUUAAAUUUUUUUUUAAAUACAUUAUGUAUUGGAGUCUAGUGUGAAUUUUUUCCAUUUUAUAAUGUUUAAAUACUUCUCCGUUCUUCAAUUAAAAAAAUUAAUUUUAAUGUUAACACUUUAUUGUUUACUGAAUGUCUAAACUAAUAUUUUACUGUUCGUUUUUUUACAUUGAAUUAAUUGUUAUUUGUAAAGGGUCUAUUAAGAACUAUUAGGUAGUUUAUGAAACACACAUUAAUGUUUGAUGAAAGAUGUUAAGUUGUCAACACUUAUAUAACUACUAUGUUUUCCUUAGUUUUUCUCAUACCUUCUUUUCAGCCAUAAUCUGCUUCAUCAAUAAACAAACCGAUUUGUGCCAGAAGUUCCGAUUUUAAUUAAAAAUAAUUAAUUAGAGGACUUAUAAAAUACAGAAAAGAAUAAUUCAAGUAAUUUGUUCUUUAUUAGUUUUAAGAUUCACUGCCAUUGUACUUUCUUGUAAAACAUAUUUGUGAUUUGAUAUUUAUUCUGAUCUGAUCUUGUGGAGUGUUUUGUACAUCCCCCAAACAGUAAAACAAUAGAGGGAGAUACUCUAUAUAUUAUUUGUCUUUUGUCAUGCAUGUGUAGAAGUUCUGUUUUUUCUAAAUUUAUUUAUUAAUUGUUAAGUUGAACUGGAAACUCAGAGAUCUAGGAUCUGAAUGUUUAGUUCAUGAACAAUUGGUGCUAAAGAACAGUCAAUAUGUUUUCUCUUCUUUUAAAAAAGUUGUGUAAUGGUUAAAUGUUAGCAGUUCCUUAGUAAAAUUUAACUCUAUUUCAAUAUGUAUUUUAAACUAACAUUAAGUCUCAAUAUGUUUUCCCUCUGUUAUUGUGACCUUGAAAUAUCUAUUGAUAAUACUAAUUGUAUACAUGUUGUACUGAUAACAUUUCUUGUUUUUUGUCAGUUUAGAACUGUAAUCACUGACAUCUCUCAAAAACGAAAUUGUAAUAUUUCGCAAGAUAUUAUUGUAAUGGCAAACUCUUGUAGUAUAAACAAAAAUACAUCACACUAAGAAAAUAUUAUAUAAAAGUAGAGUAUAAUUUUUAAUGAAUAGAAGCACAAAAUAUGUAAAGUACUGCACAAAAUAAUAUGCAAUUUGUAAUAAGCAAUUGUUUUACAUUACAGGAUAUUUACCUAGGUUACAAGUUAACUUUUAAGGAUAUAAAGUGGGCUAUAUGUACUUACUAAUACUUUUAAUUGUGCAGUCUUUGACACUUAUCACACAUUAUAUAGGAUAUCAGGCAGUUUUGACUAAGAUCAAAUGCUCCUAAAAACCAUGUAAAAUUAUAUUUAAUAUUUACUAUUUAUUUUUAUAAACAAGGGGUAUGAAACUCCUAGAGUGCUUUUUUAAGGCAAAAAAUUAAGGCCUUUAUAAAAAACUUGGUUUUUAGUACGUUUAUUAUGCACACAAUCUGUGUGAAUAAUACCUCUACUGUGAAAAAUAGUAAGCAUUGGCACUUGGAGCAUGGACUUAAUUUUUAUUUUGCUCAUGAAAGAUCUUUCUCAGUUGAAAAGAUUAAUGAUAGUGCUAUUUUUCACAUUUGGCAAGCUACAAUUUAUCAUAACUAAUAAUGUAUUUAGAACAUUUUACUCAACAUUUUUUUAUACUGUCUAAAAGGUUCAAGCACACUCCUGUUCUGGACAUUUAUUCAGUUGAGAGCUAUCACCAUCUUGCGACACACACUUUUCCUGUUGCCAUAUCUUCAGUUAAAAUCUGAUGAAAUGUAAAAUGAUUCAAAUUCAACUCACUAAUCAUAAUUCUUAAUGAAUUGGAGAUGUUGACCUCACCAGAGCCCUCACUCAUUCCAUGUUCUCAUCAGUUUCAAUGACUUCUCCUGUUACUUUGCCCUCCAACAAUUCCGUACUCUACCUAAAACUGGACAAGUAAUACUCCUCAUAAACUCGUUUCAACUUUUGAAAGAGUAAAGUUAGCAGAUUCAUGAAACUUAACAAAAUGUAACAGCUCAUAUUUUAAAACAUCUUUUUAUUUCGUUUAUGAAACCUUUCACAAUAGUACAUCUAAUAGUACCAUAAUAGUACCACACAAUUAAUGGUCUGUCUCAAUUUUACCAGAUGUGAGCAAAGUAUUCAAAAUACUUGGUUGAGAAUGCCUCAAUUUUUGAAAAAGCACAAUCAGCUAUCUGAAGACCUGUUUGGCUUAAGGAAGAGUAAGUUAUGUUGAUGAUAGACGCAGUUGUAAGUCUAGUCUAUAUGUUUGUAGAGGGACUAGAACGUCUGGAUCCCACAUUGA